AGUCCAAUCGCUGGGAGUGGGCAAGUGGAGACCAUGCCAGCUGCGGAAAAGAAGAAAUUGGUCGAGAAAGGAGAUGGGGAGCUCGGUCUCACAAUGGACCCGUCGCUCCUCCGCGGCGCCACAGCUGAUUUGCUCAUCAAGAACCGCAGUGAGAUAUUCAGCUCGAAUGUACUCUCCCAGAAGGACCUGGCGCAGCUCCACGAGUCCACGGCGAUCGUCAGCUUCCUGCACGACUUUUUUAGUCACAGCUGGCGCACCGCGCGCCUCGACAAAUGGGCGGCACUACUGCUUUAUUUGAAUGUGCGGGCGGCGGCCGUGGCGAUGGUCGGGAGUUGCUUCCUCUGGGCACUCCUGGAGGAUUUCAAAGCGGUCCCGCGACUGCUCGUGAUCACAGGACCCGGUUAUUAUUUUUCCGGAAUGCCUGUUCUCGUUGGUUUAUGCAGCGGUUGCUUCUUCCUCAUCAAUUGGCAACGAAUCCGAAAGUUCUUCGGUCUCGGUCCGCGCUACUGCUUCCUCGACAAGGUCUGCAUCGACCAGGUCGACGAGGUGCGUAAGUCGGCUGGGAUCGCGUCGCUCGGCGCAUUUCUGGGCUCAGCGGAAAACUUCGUCGUACUAUUCUCGCCGGAUUACUUUUCGCGACUAUGGUGCUGUUAUGAGCUCGCAGCCUUCCGGCACCUGCAAGUCGCGGGCAAGCAAAAGAUUACCUUCCUACCCCUCGCCUUUCCCAGGGUGCUCUUCGCCAACGCGGUGGCACAGUCCGUGAUGUGCUUGCCGCACGUUCUACUCCCAAUCUUUGGGCCCUGGGUUGGCAUCGACAUCAAUAACGUCGAUACCAACAUGUACUUAGCAUUAUGCAUACCCGGGUCUCUGCUGAGUGCGUGGACAAUGUAUGAGGCCCAGAGGUACGUCGACGCCCGCGACAUGAUCGACGAGCAGCUUGAGAACUUUUCCAUAACAAAGACGGAAUGCUACGAGGAAAAGGAUCGCCCGCGCGUCGAGCGAGAAAUAGCAAAAUGGUUCGGCGACGGCGACCGUGAUGAGGGCAUCCGCAAAUUCGACCAGUACGUCAAAACUGACGUCCGCGAGCUCAUCGAGGACAUGGUCGGCAAGCGCAAGCCGUUCGGCGCUGGUAUUCCGUGGCUCUACAUUCUCCUCUCCUCGACGUGCGCGAUCCUGGAAGACAUUUCGAUGUUUGCGAAUAUUUAUCAGAUACAUGGCGUAUGGGAUAAGGUAUUUUUCGCCAUGUCGCCCCUAACCUGCAUACUUGUCGGAACGCCGAUGAUACCGGUGUUAUUACUUUGGUGCGCCUCGAAGGAGUACCGUGUUGGGGGCAAGGGGCCUAUGAUAUUCCUCGCGCCGCUGAUCGGUUGGAUCCCGACUUACCUUCUGAUCGUCGGUUUUGUGACACCCAACCCGACGUUCUGCCUCAUUCAAUUUCCGCUGGUCCUGGCGUUCGGGGCCGUCGUCUUCCGCGACUCCAUCGCCAAUUUGCUGGGCCUCAACAAGCAGCGAAAGGUCCAGAAGCAGCAGUACGUCCAGCUCCCGGCGCAUUCCUACGGCUCCAAUCUAUGAGCUCUCCAUCCCCCACUGCCUGACUUUGAGUAAGUCUCCUACUUCUGUUACCCAGAGCCCUAAGGAUUACUGCUCGCGCGCGCGCGCCCCCGCACGGUCUCGAGCUUCUGCUUUGGGCAGCCCUGCAAAUCAGUCGCGGGAGCGGGCAAGCGGCGCACCAUGCCGGCUGCGGAAAAGAAGAAGCUGGUGACUGAUGGGGAGCUCGGCCUGACUAUCGAUCCCUCGCUCCUGCGCGGCGCCACAGCUGAUUUGCUCAUCAAGAACCGCAGUGAGAUAUUCAGCAGCAAUGUGCUCAGCCAAAAGGACCUGGCGCAGCUGCACGAAUCGACCGCGAUCGUCAGCUUCCUCGACAGCUUCUUCUCGCAUAGCUGGCGCACCGCGAGACUCGACAAGUGGGCGGGUCUGCUCCUCUACCUGAACGCCCAGGCCGCCGCGCUGGCGAUGGUCGCUGGAACGGUGUUCUGGACACUCCUGGAGGAUUUCGGCGUCGUCCCCCGGCUUCUCGUGUUUUACAUGGCAGACCGUCAUAUGAUGUCUACCGGGAUGCCUAUACUCGUUGGCAUCGCGAGCGGAAUCACCUUCCUCAUCAAUUGGCAGCGAAUCCGUGCGUUCUUCGGUCUCGGCCCGCGCUAUUGCUUCCUCGACAAGGUCUGCAUUGAUCAGGUCGACGACGUGCGCAAGGCGGCGGGCAUUGCUUCCCUUGGCGCAUUUCUGGGGUCAGCCGAGAAUUUCGUCGUGCUCUUCUCGCCGGAUUACUUCUCAAGGUUGUGGUGCGUCUACGAGCUGGCGGCGUUCCGACACCUGCAAGUCGCUGGCAAGCAAAAGAUUACGUUCCUGCCGUUAGCCUUCCCCCGAGUCCUCUUCGCCAACGCGUUGGCGAUUGCAGUCGCGUGCUUGCCCUAUGCGAUCACUCCGAUCAUCGGGCCGUGGCUCGGCAUCGAUACAAAUGCAGUCACAACCGGAUUUCUGAACUGGGGUUGUCUACCUGGCACCUUUCUAUGCAUGUGGACGAUGUACGAGGCCCAGAGGUACGUCGACGCCCGUGACAUGAUCGAUGAGCAGCUCGACAAUUUUUCCAUUACGAAUACUGAAUGCUACGACGAGAAGGAUCGCCCUCGCGUCGAGCGCGAAAUCGCCAAGUGGUUCGGCGACGGCGAUCGGGCCGAGGGCAUUCGCAAAUUCGACCAAUAUGUCAAAACGGACGUUCGUGAGCUAAUCGAGGACAUGGUCGGAAAGCGCAAGCCGUUCAGCGCGGGCAUACCGUGGCUCUAUAUCUUCCUCUCGUCCGCUGGCGCGAUCCUGGUGGACAUUAUUAUGUUUGCUACUUGUUACACCCAACCGACCUGGCAGGAUCGGCUGUACGAAAUCGUUGCGGGCGCGUCUUGCAUUCUGGUCGGCACGCCGAUGGUCCCGGUGGUCUUUAUCUGGUGCGCAUCGAAGCGAUGCAGAUUGGGGGGGAAGGCGCCGAUGAUUCUGUUGGCUCCAAUCAUCUUUCAGAUUCCGCAGUGCCUACUCAUCAUCGGGACGUUGUCGGCGGACUUCACUUUCGCCAUGCUCCAGUUCUUCUGCUUCACGUUGCCGAUCGGGGCCGUCGUCUUCCGCGACUCCAUCGCAAAUCUGCUGGGCCUCAACAAGCAGGGCCGGAAAGCCCAGAAGAAACAGUACGUCCAGCUCCCGACGCACUCCUACGGCUCCAAUCUGUGA